AUGUCUUCCCAGAGGGAGAAGCUGCCCACCUCCCUGAGACCCGACGGCCGGGAUGAUGAUGCCACCUUCACAGACAGGCAGGAGCAGUUCCUGUCCCUGGAUGACAUCAAGGACACCAGCCAGGCCAGCGUGGACAUGAGCAGCAAUCAGCAGCCCAGUGCUGUGAACGUCGUUCCCUUGACCCCGAUGUCUCUGGUCCCCCCGGAAGAGAUGGAGAAGAAGGAAAACCCCCUGUUGAGGUGCCACCAACCCCCCAGCCACCUCUGG